AUUUGUUGUAAUUAACGUAGCUAGCUCCCAUCCACCAACUUUGUACACAACAAACACUUGAUCGUCUCUGCCCUCUACCUUUCUUCUAUCCAAGUGCGUCUCAUAUACCAAUAUCCCAUUAAUUUGUAAGGAUGAUGCAAAUCUCGUCGACCAUGUACUUGCCAGAACUUGGAAUAAUGGAGGACCCCACUUUGUUUCAUCAGUACCCGAUGGAUCCUUUUGCAUUCCAGCUCGAAGAUGUUGACUUUGAGUCCCUCUCUGCGUCCCCAAUGAGUUCUUCCUCUCACAAGCGCUUCAACUCCGAAAGCACCCAAAACUCUUCCCUCACACAAAGUCCUGAACAAUCUGUUGCACCUGCAAGACCAACCAAGCAACCCAAGACCUGGAGUGCUUACGGUAGUGACAUGAUGGCUCCCAAGGUUUCAUCCUCCAAAAUCAUCUCUUUUGAGAACUCCAAUGCGUCUUCAGUUUCUUCCCGACAAUUCUACAACCUGGAUGCUGCCAAACUGAAGAAGCCUAAGAUUGAAACUGGGUAUGGUGAAAACUUUGAUUUUACAGCUAUGGUUUCUCAAGGUCUCUAUGACGACAAUAGUUUUCUAGACUAUGAUAACCGAGAGAAGAAGCUGAUGGCUGCAACCACAACUACUAGAAACCCUAUCCAAGCCCAAGAUCACGUGAUAGCCGAAAGAAAACGGAGGGAAAAGCUUAGCCAGAGGUUCAUUGCUCUUUCUGCCAUAGUUCCUGGACUCAAGAAGAUGGACAAGGCUACCGUCUUGGAAGAUGCUAUAAAAUACGUAAAACAACUACAGGAACGGGUGAAAACUCUGGAGGAACAAGCUGUGGAUAAAACAGUUGAAUCAGCCGUGUUUAUAAAGAGAUCUGUUGUUUUCACCGGGGAUGAAAGCUCUUCCUCCGGUGAAGAAUCCGACCAGUCACUCCCCGAAAUCGAAGCAAGAAUUUCUGGUAAACAAGUGCUGAUCAGAAUCCACUGCGACAAACACAGUGGACAAGCGGCUACUAUACUAAAAGAAUUAGAGAAGCAUAAUCUCACAGUUCAGAGUAGCAGCUUUUUGCCCUUUGGGAAUAACACUCUUGACAUAUCUAUUGUGGCUCAGAUGAACAAGGAAUACUCCUUGACAGCUAAGGAUCUCAUAAGAAGCUUAAGUCAGUGUUUGAGGCAGCUUUGAUCUGAAUAAUUAAUGACAUCGUCCACUGAUGUAGCUUCAUUUGUUGAUGUGCAUGCAUGACUAUAGGAAUAAACUCAAUAAUUAACGACUUUUUUUUUAUCGCAGUGCAUUCUUUUUCCCUAGUCCAUCAUCUGGAUUUUGGAGUAAUAUAUCAAUGGUCUGCGAUUGCAACAGUCUCCUCCAAUGUGUCUUAGUUUACUUGGGUCUGUUUUGAUGUAGAGUUUAAGAUAAUGCCAAAUGUUUUCCUUUUUCUGCAUAGUUUUUGCGUAGUUGAUUGAUAGCUGCGUUAAUAUGUCCCAUAAAGGCAUUAUUAGUUUUUUUUUUUUUUUUUUUAAAGAAGAGGGAUUUUUUUAGAGGAUUUGACUCUUCAAAUAGACCUCUUUCCUCCCUCUUUCGCUUUGUGAACAGGGUCCAGUUUGAUUUAAAAACAAUGUUGGCUGCAUUUAUUUUAUA